AUGGAAGGGGCUGUGUCAAUGCCCAGUGGCUUUGCUCUGCAGGCCAAUAUCAAUAUUGACAGUGGGGGAACGUCCAGUGGACCCAGGGACUACAGCUUCCACAGCGGGCUGGUUUUCCAACAGUCCCUGCUUUGUGUGCCUACCUACUGUGCCGGCGGCGGCCACACUACAACUUCUCCAUUUUUGAAUUCUGACCUGAUUAUGAGACUGCUGGUGAGGGUCUGUCUUAUUGCAACUCUGCUAGUAUGCUAUGUCCUGUUAAGUUGUGCUUUAGAACAUGAAAAGAGGAAGAGCGAAGAAUUCCAAAGCCAUGAUAAGAACGCUGAGAGUAACAUCAAGGUGAUGAGAAAUUACACAACGGCAAAUGACGGGAGACAUAAGGCAGCGGCUCCAAAGAAAAAGGUCAAGAAGACAGGAAGUAAGAGAGUUUCCAUGGGACCAAAAAGUGACAUUACCUGCACCAGAAUGGGAGGCAUCUGCCAGUCUGGCCGAUACAUCUGCCAAGGCAGAUACCUAAAGGACAAGUGUUCAGGGGCCCAGACGCGGCAGUGUUGUAUGCCAGUUGCAGCCUGGAGUGUCCUUUGUGCUGGUCACCACAACAACAGAGUGAGGGCGUGCGAUGCGCAUGGCUGUGGAGCUUUCAACUCCAACAGAGGUAAUUACCUACAUAAAGCAGUGGACCUGGUGUGUGAUGACUAUGGCAUUGUCAGCGCUCCAUUCUCAGGCUCUUUGGCGGGUCCAGUGAGUCGGAAAGAACCCACUGGGAAUCAGUUUGAUGGGGUCAAACUUGUCAAUGAUGUGCACUGUGUGAAGAUCUUCAACAUCCGUCCUUACCGUUACAUGGGCCCAGUGGUUCAGGGAGAAGCCUUGGGCUAUCUGUUGCCACUGCAGGAUCGCUUCUCCGGCAUCACAUCACACCUGGAGCUGCAAAUGUGUGACGGCACUGACCCUUCACCUUUCAUAUGACCUAUAUCCUCUCAUCUUUUAUAUGGCGUCUGAGUCUUUACCUUUGUGACAUUUCAUAAUGCCCUAUACUCAUUCAAAUGACUUUGAAUUUUUUUAUUCAACACUUAUCACACUUUUAUAUCACAUUUAAAAUAUGGCCUAUGAUGCAAUGUAUGAUUUUUGGGGGAUAUUUUGGUACGAGCAUUUUUCCACUAAAUAUCAUGUUUAAUUUUAUAAAGUUCAGAAGAAAAAAAAAAAAUUCCAUUCCUCAACAUGGACUCAUAUAACCCCUUUGACGUAACUUCUUUAUAUUUGAAUGAUGCAGUACAUCCUUACUUUCAUUUCUGCUUUUGAUUAAAAUGGUUUGGGGAAUC